AAUCAAAUCUGUAUAUAAGUGGUAUAAAUAAGUGUAUUGUUAUUUUCGUUUGAUAUAACAAAAAAGAUAUUUAAUUGCUUUAUUAAUAUAAAGUCUAAUGUCUAUUUAUAUUUACAUUAGGAAAUAAUGAAUGUUUGAUUUAUAAAAAUGUCAAACGUCCACUGUUAUUGUCCGGUGAAUAUUUUCCGUGUUUGUCAAUGAAAGUUCGAAAUUGUUUUUGUAUAAGAUUUCGAUGAGGGAUUGUUAAACAAAAUGACAACGAUGGAUAAAAUGGACACAUCUUUACCAUUUAUGUUGAAACAAGAACAAAAAGAGUUUGAGGAUACCGAUGAUGAUAAUACUAGUCUCGAGGAUAUUAACCAUCUCCUGUCAAUAUCAAUACCCUCGCUUUCAGCGAAUAAGUUUCAUAUUCCCACUGAUCCAAAUGAUGAGUUUCUUCGACUGUCUACUACGGUUCGUGCUGUAUAUUUUUCAUAUCUUCAUAAAUGUUUACUCACCAAUUAUAUCCUUUGUUAUAAAGAAAAGGAUGGAGAGAUUCCGAGCAACCAAUUGAAAAUGUGUGCAAAUCAGAUGGAAUUGCUUGCGGUACGAUCAUCUUUAGAAGCCACUUUGUACAGGCAAAAUAUAUUGAAAUUGAUUUCAGAUGUAAAAUCACAUACAUCAGAGAAAAAGGCUUAUAAAAAAUUAGUGAUAUUUUUAGAAACCCCUCCAUCUAAGGUAGAUAUAGGAGUUCAAACAAAUAAUUCAUGGGCAGAGUUACAAAAAGUAGACAAUAUUCAAAGUAUUUGUAUUACAUCUAAUUCUAAAGAGUUGCCCGCUGUAAAAGAAACAUCAAGAUCUAAAAAAGAGGAUGUAAAUGUGAAAACUGAAGAUUGUAUAGAUGAUAUAUCUUCUCAAUUAACUGUCUGUAAUAAUACAGCUUCACCCACUAUCAAUUCUACUAGUUUUAAUGAUAUAGAACAUAAUAAAAUUAAUGAUGAAUCAGAUGAAGAGACAUAUAAAAUGAUAGUAAAUGGUGAAGAAACAGUAGAAAAAGAACAUAGCAAUAUUUUUAAUUAUAUACAAGAUAAUUCUAACACUCAGGUUGCAAAUCAAUUCAGUAUUCAAAUGGAUGAUGAGAAUUCACAGGAUUCUCUUUUGCAACACAUGGAAAAUAUGUUUUGUGAUAGUGAUGAUAGUAGCGAUCUUACGACAUUAAUCGAGAAACAUUCAGGUGUUACUAAAGCUAAUAUGGAUAAAGAAAUUAAUGCUCUUCUUCCAUACAAUUCUAAUGGUUCUAUUAAGACAUAUGAAAAUAAUAAGAGGAAGAGCAAUUCUGGUAAAAACACUAAUAUGAAAGCAUCAAAUACGAGGAAGUAUAGUUUUAGUUAUUAUAAAGAAAUGAAAAACAGAGAAAGUAAUAAAUUAUCAGUAGAAAAUGAGACAUUGGAAAAUAAGCAAAAACGAAGAAUAAAUAGUAUUUGGUUUGUUGAACGUGUAUAUCAAGUAUCAAAACUAAAGGCAAAGAUGACAGAAUUAUUUUUAAAAAAUUAUAGAAAACAUGAAAGAGUUAAAGAAAAAUUUAUUGAAUUAUUUGGAGAAACUGAUGACGAAAUGAUGCCAGAUUCACCAAUUUGUAUAGAAGAACAUUUAACGGCAUGUAAGGAAAGAAUAGCACCAUGGAUUGUGAAACACUUAAUGCCAUUUUACAAAAAACGAAGGAUUAAAAAUAGACAGCUUUUUAAAGUGGUUGCAAAGCAUAUAGCUGAUAUGCUUAUUAUUGAGAAUACAUUUCCUGAACAAGACUGUGUAAGCAAGUAUAUAGAAACAUAUUUCAAAAAUAAAAAAUUCAUUAGAACUAAACAGGAUGUGUACUUAUAAACAUAUGUUACAUAAUUGGAUUUGUUAUAUAUAGAAGAAAUGUCACAAAAUGUUUCAAAUAAUAUAAAUUAUCGAUAUUACAUUUGUUUAAAUUUCAAAGGUUCUAAGCUUGAGACGAAACAAAGAGUGGAAUUACAUAUUUUAUUAUAACGAAAAUAAAUAACAAUAGUAUUUAUGUAUGUUAAAUAUGGACUAUAUAGACAUAUUUAAAAUGA